AUGGUCCAAGAGGAGAAAGUUACUUUGAAGCCACCCCAAGAAGGAGAAACUGAAGAACAAUCAAGGAAGAUCCCAUUCCUAAGCCCAAGCAGCUUGCCACACAAGCAAGGAGCAUUUGUGCCAAGGGACAUUCAUGGAGAGAUUGUCUAUCCAGCUGUGAAUCACCCACCAGAUACUCAUUGCAAGGAGAAAAGACUUGGAGGAUCAAAGAUGCCUCUGUCUCCAUCUUCUCCUGAGCGCCAAGCCUUACAGUCAAGCUAA